GGUGGGUGUGUAUGCCGUUUUCGUCGGCGGCGGCGUUGAGGAGAGAGAGCGAGGGAUGAGGCGGGAAGAAGCAGUACCGUACAACUUCAAGCGCGAUUUACGUUGCUAGGAGGGAAGACACGUGUGUACUUCGACGCGCUCAAUGUAAUCGCGUUUAUGUUUAUUCGCUCAUUCGCUCGCUCGGGGGCGAACGGCUCGGAGCGCCGACUUUUGACCUACGGGCCUACAGCCUGUUGUCAACAGAGAGAGGGCGCAGACAAGCUGGUUCAUGAUGACAAGGAAUGACUGAGGAAAUUGUUGUCUGUUGUUCAUUUCCCUGCCUCGGGUUGCAUCCUUGUCAGCCUGUUGUGUUGUUGCUAAACUGAGGGAGUUCCAAGCUCAAGGAUGAAGAAACUUCGUGAUCCCCAUAACGCGCAUCACUUCGCCCGUGAUUCGCCACGAGCUCUUGCGCAAGCCUACGAAAACGUCUUUUGGAGUUGGCCAACUUCAAAUAUUCAAAUGUGACGGCUUUUUGGGCGGUGCCACGACGACCCUGACGUCAAACUAGGCUCCACCUACAAGGCGACAAAAGAUCAAAGAAUGUCCAAACUCUCUCUAUGAGCGGCUCUGCGCCGUCUGCGUCAAAGCGAAAGAAGCUGAAAGCACUGAAAGUGAACAUGUUCGAAUACUAUGAGCAGCGAUAUGAGCUAUGAGCAAGGUGAAUCGUAUUGCAGCCAAUAUGUGAUCAAGUCAUUUCACUGACCUCACUGCACAUUUGGAAUGGAGCCGAAGCUUCGGAAGCGGCGUAAAGCGACUCGAUUUUCACUUUCGGCAGCUGGGCAUCUGAUAGGUCGCCGCUGGCAGGUAUCGAAGCAGUUCCUUGCUGCAGCACAGUAUUGGCAUCGCAUGGUACCCAGCCAAGACUGUGACGUAGUGCUCACGUUUCCUGCUCAUGUACAAGAUGACACGGUUGACUGGUUUUCCAAGCAGUUCCAGCAGAGGGUGCCACAGCUGGUGGUGGACAUCCGAUUCCAUUCCCAUUCUGGAUCUCAUGCAUUCUACUUCACUGCAAAUUAUGAUAGUCUCUUGCACGGAGCGGAAGAAUUGAAGCUACGCAAGCUGCUGAAAGAGGAAUUUGGUGGAGGUUAUCGGGAAUUUCUAUAUGAAGAGCAAGCAUGUUUCCAAGGUGUAGAUGACUCUGGAUCAUUCUUCAGCAGUCAAGAAAGACAGAGCAUAAUUGUUUACCUUCUCAACAGUCUUCGAGCCACUCGUGGGGAAGCCCUUCACAACACACGUUUUGUUGAAGGCCAAUCCAUAGUUCAACGAUGCCUCUCUGAAGGCAUCGUGGAGCAAAUUCUGCCUUUACAUGAUAAGCACAAUUUGGAUAAACUAAGGAAAAGCUGGGUGCAAGCAUUUUUUCAAUGUCAGCCGUUAGAUAGCAUAUGCGACUACUUUGGUGUGAAGAUUGCCAUUUAUUUUGCCUGGCUAGGCCACUACACGAGUGCACUAACCUUUCCAGCGCUCGUGGGAUUCCUGCUCUGGGCAUUCUGCUAUGAACAGCAAGCAGACGUGUGCUUUGUGCUGUUUGCACUGAUGAAUGCGCUCUGGGCAACCCUCUACUUGGAAUCGUGGAAGCGAUAUUGUGCUGAGCUUGCCUACCAUUGGGGUACCAUUGACUCCCAGAGCCAACUGUUGACUGAGCCCCGGCCACUUUUUACUGUAAGUGCAUCUUGCAAUGUGCAAGUGCAGUAUCAUAUGAGUACUAUGAUAUUUCAGGGCCCAUUAGGGCCCAGUCCAGUGACAGGGCGUCUGGAACCUGCAUACCCGUCUUGGAAGCGCCAUUUGUUCCGAUACUUGAUCACCGUGCCUGUCAUUGUGUUUUGUCUCUCGCUCGUCUUCAUGGUCAUGUUUCUCAUAUUUCAACUUCAGACAUGGUGGGACAACUGUAUAUCGAGGCUUCAGUAUCCAUUUUGGUUGUCCUACGGCCCAAAAGUUCUCCUGGCUCUCACCAUCAGCGUGCUGGAUGGAUUUUAUCAACGUAUCGCAAUUUGGCUUAACGAUCAAGAAAACUAUAGGCUGGAUGAGGACUACGAAAAUCAGCUCAUAAUCAAAAUAGCAGUGUUUCAGUUUGUCAAUUCCUUUCUGUCACUGUUCUACAUUGCCUUCUACCUGCAAGAUAUGGACAAACUUAAAGAGCAAUUGGCAGCACUGCUCAUCACUCGCCAAGUAAUCGGCAACAUCAAAGAAAGUCUUGUGCCUUUCCUGACGGAACACUUCAACUUGGUACGAAUUUGCGCCGCCACACCUGUUAAGAGGUCGUCCAAGAGGUUCAGAGAGGAGGAUAGUUCAAAUGGAGAUGGGCACUUGACACAGGGCCAAGUGGAAUGUGCCAUGUACAAGUAUGAAGGCACAUUUGAAGAUUACCUUGAAAUGUUUAUUCAGUUUGGAUACGUGGUCCUUUUUUCACCCGCAUUCCCAGUGGCUGCGCUAUGUGCGCUACUCAACAACAUCAUUGAAGUACGCAGUGACGCCUUCAAGUUGUGCAUGAUAUUUCAAAGGCCAUUCGGACAACGUGCUGAGAACAUUGGCACAUGGCAGGAUGCUAUGGAGGUGAUGGGAGUUAUAGCUGUGAUAGUCAACUGCGCGUUGAUUGGCACCUCUGGCCAGAUGCAGCGACUGUUUCCAUCUCUCACUUGGGGCAGCACUGUCCUGCUCAUUGUCAUCAUUGAGCAUGUAAUCCUGUUUCUCAAGUUUGCCAUAGCCUAUGCUAUACCGGACAUUCCUCAAUGGGUUGCCACAGAAAUGGCUAAGAUAGAGUACCACCGUAGAGAAGCGGCUAAAAGCCUCCAAAGUGUCAGGCAUCAUGAUAAGCGCACUUCUACCGUGGGUUUGAGCACCACAGACCUCGGGACGGUCAAGCAGGUGGCAGCAAGUCAGACCUCGCCCAUCCACAUAAUUCAAGAACAGGAAGGCAGUAUUAAGCAACCAACAGCACGGGAAGAUGAAGCAACUCCAUCAUCAGUAGUAGCAAAGCACAGGUCAAGGGCAUCAUCUUUGACAAGUUGGGCAUCUGGGUUCAAGUCACUUCGGUUCCGAAGAAUAGCGGACCGGGCUCGCUCUGCCGAAGGAGGAAGGCAACUCAUGACGGAUGGAAUUACAAAAUCAAAGCAAAACAGCCUUGCCGAAGCAUAAGCUCACUUUGUUUACAUUGCCAAAAGAAUUUUACUGCAGGAUGGUGUCCUGUAGGUUGGGUCUGUGCAGGAGUCAACUCACCUACUGCUCAUGUGAUCUGCAGCAAGUGAUGACCAUUCUGUGAGGUACACGAUGGAUGCGUUUUUCUCAAACACUGCCUGGACAAACACGAAGAAGACAACAAAUAUGCUAAGUGUGUUGUCUUUAAAUAGUGUUAAUCAAGUUCACUCACCCCCAUUCGGUGAAAGAAAAAAAAAAAUGUACAGAUCAGCAGUUUCUCUGCAGCAAGCUCAAAUGAAGAGACAACCACUUUAUUUUAAUGAUGAUGAUGACUGGGCUUCAUUGCUCGCGUUAAGUGACAAGACUGAAACAACAGUGUGUUUGUGUUUGUGCAGGAUCCACAGUGGCUGUCUGCCAAUAUUUUGCCAGCUUGUGGCCAGCUUGCCUUUUGUGUGGCCUUUUGUCAGUUUGCCAGCAUUGAACAUAUUUUUGAAUUGUCCAUGGGCCUCGUUUUUGUGCCACACUGUGUUUAUGUUUAUGGGAUGCAAAAUAAGCAAGCACACAACCUGUAUACAAAUUAUUGAGAGAAUCAUUUUAAGGAACAUUGAUGAGACAGGUGAGAAAAUAUGUUUGUGAUAAGUAGGGCCCGGGACUUUAUGCGCAAAAAUCUUGAAAAAUAUGCGCUCAAUAUGUGUCGUGAAAUGCAUAAAUAUGCAGAAAUAUGCCAGGGAUGUUGCUCCGGAAGCCUUGGCGCGGCUUGGAACAGUAAAACUAUGUAACUUGCCUUUCAAAAAAUCUUAAAAUUCCUUUUGGACGGUCAAAUGCACAUUCAUUGGACAUUGCAGCAUGCCAGCAUACCCAUACUCAGGUAUUCAAGAUGUAGCCCAUCUAUGUGCAGUUUCACCCCCAGGUUUUCAAAAGUGUGUGUGCAUACAUACACACAUGCAUAUGCAUUUCUGCAUGGGAUGAUUAAGAACUUCCUGUUUUGCCAGUUAAGAAAGCCAUGUAUUCGUUGUGCUGUUCAUUGCUGCUGCUUAUCUUGGUUGAGCACAACUUCCAGCAUCUUUCUAUGAGAGUAGGACCAGAUUAGAAAUUAACACGACUUUCUGGUAAGCCAUUUUUUGCACCAAUGUCUGCAAAGAUGCUUCACUGACUGCUUGUUGUACGUUCCGUUCAAAUCAGUUCUCGGUGCUAGUGCAGCAUGUAGCAGCCUAAAGGUAGAGUAGCCGGAACACAAGUUUUGAACCCAUGGCCUUCUUUCUAAAAAAUCAUUCAAAUUGGGGGAAUAUAUUUAUUAAAACAGAAAGAGAGAAAAAGACUGAAAUAUGACACAAUAUAUGCAACCAAAUGGCAUAGAAAUAUGACAUAACACACAACCGUCAUAUCAUAGGACAAUCGGGAAGAAAUACACAAUUAUAUGAUACGUGAAACGCUGUAGAGUUGAGCUGUCGUGAUUGAUUUCAUUGGAUUCAUUAGAGCGCGUUAUAAAAAUAUGCAUUUUGCAUCAACUUCCGGGCCCUAGUGAUAAGUGUCACAAAUGACACGGCAUAACUAGGGUUUUUCGUUUUUGGGCGAAACUCGAUUUUUCACGAUCUAGUUCCCCAACCCACCAAACAAGUUUUCAAGAAUUGGGGUAAAACCCAAUAUCUGCCCGAAAUCCUUGCAACUUGUCGUUCUAGGUAAACUGUCAGAAAGAUGAAUCAUAAUAUCAGCAAAGAGCGCUAUUUGUCCUCCUUUUAUAAUCCCCCUCCUGCAACUUUGGCAAGUCCCCAGUUCCAUGCAGAAAUAUAAAGAUUCUUGUUUCUCGUUCCAGUGUCACAGCAGUGGCUUGUUUCCUAUGCCUUUUGUUUCACUCGAAAAUUCCCCGACGACAUAUCAGACAGAGGUCAUACCACCCUAUCUUUCCCUCCCUAAUUUGGAAAAGCGUAAAACCCGAAAACUAAGAACCCUAGGCGUAAAUAGCCCCAGUUAAAUGCGCAAACUUCCGGGUAAAAAUAAGUACUUUUUAAUCCAUAAUUUAAGGCAAAAUCAGGCAUACAUAGUGUACAUGUAUGGAAAGAUUCAUGCAUGCACAUUUAGCUGCUGCCUUUCCUGUUAGGUAAAAAUAUUAUGUCACAGUGAUGCAAGAAUGUGUUGCAUGAGUGCUCCAUAUCUUGGCAAUUAACGAGUUUUCAGUUAUUGCAGCACAAGACGACUACUUGUACCGACACCCUACAGUGGAAACAUUCUUGUGGAGGCAGUAUCUUAUUGAUGACAGGUUGUAAAGAUUGCACUUUUGUGGUAAAUAUGUAUCUGUGUAUUAGUAUGUGCCUAAAAAGUGGCUUACAAAGCUAAUCUCGAUAUGACCGAAAAUAGAAAUUGACCUUUGAAGGCAGUCUCAUCUGCUAAGAAUAGAUUGCACUUUCCUUCAGACACAUAUUUCACCAGGUUCGAAUGCUUUUUGCACUCCAAAUGCUCUCAAACUGAUCUUCCAAUCUACUCAAGGCAGGAAUGGUAAUACAGCAGAGAACAUGGAGAUGUAAGAUUGGAUACAUCAAAUGGGAUAAAGUGAGCGUUGACACAGUUGGACCACAUCUGUAGACGUCAAAUGGCAUGAUCGUGGUGUUUGUCACAGUAAUGUUUGGAAUAAUCGCACGAGUUGUGUGUCAUGGCAGAGACAAAAUGAAUUGAUUCCAACCUCUGUUCCAUUACAUGCAGAAAGGACAGUAUGAUGGCACUGUCACCCUGGAGACAUACAUGACUUGGGGAUGUAGAGGCUUCAGGGAAGUCUUUGGGACAGGGUGAUAGGUUUCCAAAGAAGUGUUGAUAUGCCCAUGUAUGAGCUACUACUAUCUGGAGGCAACCUACUGAUUGCCAAAGACUUGCAUGGAACGGAUGGCUAUUAUCACUGGUAGCUUCUUCCCUUCUGUCGUUCCUCGAUCGCAGACACAAUCUUGCUCCUGUUUACGUGCUUCACUCGUUAUGAAGAGGCGACAUUUUGGGCAAAACGAUGUCUGCUGCCCAUAGGAAUAGGCCUGUAAUGUAUAGCUGACAGCACAGACGGUGAAUCCACACAUACCUGGUCAAGCAGUUAUUGCAGGCAUUGAAAAGCAUGAGAUGAGAGCUGAUGGCUUGCAUAAUGAGUAGUUUGACCAUGACCUUGAGAAUUAGUGUGUGUCAAAUGUGCGUCUAGUACAGAAGAUUGAUGCCACCAAGAAGUACCACAAUGACUGAUUGAUUGAUUGAUUACGUGUGCUACACAGAUUAGCUGUACAAGGUCUUCAGUACUCUGACACAUUUUUCGGGCAGGACAGGAUUUGAACCCUUCAGUUCCCAACGGUUGCAGAGGAGCUUGCGGAAAUUGGUUUCUGUAAUUCCUGCAUCAGCCAAGUGUGGCAGGAUCUCCUUUUCAUCCAACAUAUAGUUUGGCAGGCGUUCCUGUCAAAGCAAUGACGCCAUCUGUGAAUAUGUUUAUGGAGAGAGAAUUCAGUUGAACCUAAGGUGCUGUCACUCGAUGAAUGAAAUUUUAGAUUCUGUGACCAGAACGUAUUGUCUUUAGUGUGACACCAUAUACUUGCAGAUACUUGCCCCAAACACACUUAUUUUUCAUCUUUAUAGUCAGUGCUGCAAAGAGCAAAGUGUUCCACAAAGUGUCUUGACAGCUUCGUAGGCCAUGUCAAGGAGAGCUUCCAUAUCAAAAGAGCCACAUUUUUUACCAGGAGAUGAACCCAAUGUAUAAUUGGCAUAAAACAAAUUUUCCCACCUG